GCUUGCCAAGAUUCAUAGUAAGAGAAGAGCCACAAAUAAUAGAAAGACUUGAAGCCAGGUCUUCAUCAACAUUUGGGCUAGUCGUUGAAUAAUAAACUCUAUUAUUAUCUCUUGUUGCUAUCUCCUUGCCUUGUUGUCGUACAAGUGUGUGUCAGAUUUUUUAAGUAUGCAUGAAGUAAAAGGCAUCUGCCCAGACGUCUAUGUUCCUGCCCGGUCCACUUAUCAGAUCUCUACUUAUCAGGUGUGUAGAUUCUUAAUAUUGAAGAAAUUACUGAUGUACGUUGAUGACUGUGAAUCAUUUAAUUGGUACGAGAUCCAAUACCGUGGAGGUGAACGACGCUAGGGAAUCUCGUUUUCUAACAGUUUAUGAUGCUUAAAAUUAUUUGAAAUGUAAAUUAUUGAGUUGCCCUUUGCUUGGACGACUGUUUGUGUUGUCUAGUUUUCAUGAAGAUAAUAAUUUAUUUAUGUUCUUUGUUCUUGAUGCAAAUGACAGUGGUCUCGAGCAUCUUCAAAUCUGAUUAUCUUGGGCUUGAAGAAUCAGGACCAGGAUUGUUAGAAGAUACCAGUAUAGCAUCUUUUAAACGCUCUGGAUACAUAUUCUAUUCCAGUAUAGCAUUACCUCAGAGAGAAAAUGCCGUUAAUCAGAGGAAGAGAAAGAUGAAGCAGGUUUACAGAAGAUAUCAAAAUUCUAUUGUGUUUGCUAUGGCUUCCGUUGCUAUAGUUUAUAUGGUUGUGAGUCUUGUGACAAAUGGUUCGAAAGGAACGUCUUGGUUUAAUUUUUCGCCGUCUCAAUUUCCAUGGUUGGGUACCGGCGUGGAUAUGAUUUCUGGUUCCACAUUCAGAAUCAACUAUAGUUCAUCAUACAAGGAUGCAACAAGGAUGAAGGGAGAUGAAAACCUGAAGAAACUUGAAGCUGGUCUUGCUGCUGCUAGAGCAUUGAUUGGGGAAGCCAUAAAAAAUCCUAACCAUACAACACCUCUUAAAGAUGCAGAUUAUAUACCAAAAGGCGAUAAUCUUGUUCUUGUGAUGAUCGUCGAGUAUUUGUUUCACCCGAUUAUCCGUGACAAAGCUGUUCUUGAGCGCACUGUGGUUGAUUACGUUCGUAUCAUCUCUAAUAGGUAUCCAUACUGGAACAGAAGCCUUGGAGCUGAUCAUGUCAUGCUUUCUUGCCAUGAUUGGGGGCCAAGGGCUACAUGGUAUGUUAAACAACUGUACUUCGUUGCCAUCCGCGUGCUAUGCAAUGCGAAUACAUCCGAGCACUUUAACCCUAAGAAAGAUGCAUCAUUUCCUGAAAUCAAUCUGGAAACUGGUGAAAUAACAGGUCUAAUUGGCGGCUUGCAUCCGUCCAAACGUACAAUCCUAGCAUUUUUUGCAGGGCGAAUGCACGGUCGAAUUAGGCCAUUUCUUUUCGAGCAUUGGAAAGGAAAAGACAGAGAUUUACUGGUCUAUGAAAAACUCCCUGAAGAGCUUUCAUACCAUGACAUGCUGAAGAAAAGCAAGUAUUGCAUUUGCCCUAGUGGACAUGAAGUUGCCAGCCCAAGAAUUGUGGAGGCAAUUUAUGCGGAGUGUGUUCCAGUUUUGAUAUCACAACACUAUGUGCUGCCUUUCAGUGAUGUGCUUAACUGGGACUCGUUUUCUGUUCAAGUUUCAGUGAGUGAAAUUCCAAAACUUAAAGAAAUCUUAAUGGAAAUACCUGAAGAGCAAUAUAGAAGAAUGCAGGAAAGAGUGAAGCAGGUGCAAAGGCAUUUUGUAGUGAAUAAUCCUCCCAAGAGAUUUGAUGUUUUCCAUAUGAUUAUUCAUUCAAUCUGGCUUAGAAGAUUGAAUGUACAGAUUUAGAGUUGAUUUCUUUCCCAAGUUACCAAGUACAUCACGAUAUUGUUUUAAAAAAAUUUGUUUAAAUACAAAGUGCAAAAUGUAGCAAUACCCCCUGAAGGUAUUGUCCCACUUUAUGAACUCUCAA